AGCGGCGCCACCCGCAGGGCGGGAUCGGAGCGCGACCGCGCAGCCGGCCGGCCCUGAGAGGAAACGAAAGUGAGGGUGGAGGAGGUCGCCGUGCUGGGCCGGGCGGCGAUAGAGGCAGACUGACUCCCCUGGUCUCCGCCCGUCCCAUCCCCUCAGCUAACGAUGAAGAGGAGGACCGAGCCAGAAUGCACUGCCCCCCUCAAGAAACAGAAGCGAAUCGGGGAAUUUACCCGGCACCUCAGCUCCACAUCUGACGAUGAGCCUCCCUCCUCUGUCAAUCAUGAAGCAAAAGCAUCUACUACAAGCCUUAGUGGAUCCGACAGUGAGCCUGAGGGGAAGCAGCCCUGCUCCGAUGGUUUCAAAGAUGACUUCAAAGCAGAUUCCCUUGUGGAGGGAACUUCUUCCCGAUAUUCCAUGUAUAAUAGUGUUUCCCAGAAGCUUAUGGCCAAGAUGGGCUUCAGGGAAGGGGAAGGAUUGGGUAAAUACAGCCAGGGUCGGAAGGACAUCGUGGAGACCUCCAAUCAGAAAGGCCGCCGUGGUUUGGGUCUGACACUGCAGGGCUUUGAUCGGGAGCUGAAUGUGGACUGGCGGGAUGAACCAGAGCCCAGUGCCUGUGAGCAGGUGUCAUGGUUUCCAGAAUGUACCACUGAGAUUCCUGACUCUCGGGAAAUGAGUGACUGGAUGGUUGUGGGAAAGAGAAAGAUGGUUAUUGAAGAUGAAACAGAGUUCUGUGGGGAAGAGCUGCUUCACAGCGUGCUGAGGUGCAAGAGUGUGUUUGACAUCCUGGAUGGGGAGGAGAUGAGGCGAGCUCGCACCAGAGCCAACCCCUAUGAGAUGAUCCGAGGAGUCUUCUUCCUCAACAGGGCAGCAAUGAAGAUGGCUAACAUGGACUUUGUGUUUGAUCGUAUGUUCACAAAUCCCCUGGACUCUCAUGGGAAGCCACUGGUAAAGGACCGGGACAUUGACCUUCUGUACUUUGCUGACGUCUGCGCAGGCCCAGGUGGCUUCUCAGAGUACGUGCUGUGGAGGAAGAAGUGGCAUGCAAAGGGCUUUGGGAUGACUCUGAAGGGCCCUAAUGACUUCAAACUGGAGGACUUCUACUCCGCCUCCAGUGAGCUCUUCGAGCCGUACUAUGGUGAGGGUGGGGUCGAUGGAGAUGGAGAUAUCACCCGCCCAGAAAACAUCAAUGCAUUUCGGAAUUUUGUCCUGGACAACACAGAUCGCAAAGGUGUCCACUUUCUCAUGGCAGAUGGGGGCUUCUCUGUGGAGGGGCAGGAGAACCUGCAGGAGAUCCUCAGCAAGCAGCUGCUGCUCUGCCAGUUCCUCAUGGCGCUGUCUGUUGUCCGCACAGGGGGCCACUUCAUCUGUAAAACCUUUGACCUCUUCACACCCUUCAGCGUGGGGCUCGUCUACCUGCUGUACUGCUGCUUUGAGCGUGUGUGUCUCUUCAAGCCCAUCACCAGCCGGCCUGCCAACUCAGAGCGGUAUGUGGUGUGCAAAGGUCUGAAGGUGGGCACAGACGACGUGCGGGAGUACCUUUUCUCUGUGAACAUUAAACUCAACCAGCUGCGGAACACGGAGUCCGAUGUCAACCUGGUAGUUCCCUUGAUGGUGAUCAAAGGAGACCAUGAAUUUAAUGACUACAUGAUACGGUCCAAUGAGAGCCACUGCAGCCUGCAGAUCAAAGCUCUGGCCAAAAUACAUGCCUUUGUACAAGACACCACCCUGAGUGAGCCUAGGCAGGCAGAGAUCCGGAAAGAAUGCCUCCGACUGUGGGAGAUCCCAGACCGAGCUCGAGUUGCUCCUUCUUCUUCAGACCCAAAAUUCAAGUUUUUUGAGCUAAUCAAGGACACCGACAUCAACAUCUUUAGCUACAAGCCCACAAUGCUCACUGCCAAAACCCUGGAGAAGAUCCGCCCUGUGUUGGAUUAUCGUUGCAUGGUGUCUGGCAGCGAGCAGAAAUUCCUCCUGGGCCUGGGGAAGUCCCAGAUCUACACAUGGGAUGGCCGCCAGUCAGACCGUUGGGUGAAGCUGGACCUGAAGACAGAGCUGCCGCGGGACACGCUGCUCUGUGUGGAGAUUGUGCAUGAGCUGAAAGGCGAGGGGAAGGCCCAGCGGAAGAUCAGUGCAAUCCACAUCCUCGAUGUCCUGGUGCUGAAUGGCAGCGAUGUCCGAGAGCAGCACUUCAACCAGCGAAUUCAGCUUGCGGAGAAAUUUGUGAAGGCAGUUUCCAAGCCCAGUCGACCUGACAUGAAUCCUAUCAGGGUGAAGGAGGUGUACAGGCUGGAAGAGAUGGAGAAGAUUUUUGUCAGGUUGGAGAUGAAGCUUAUCAAGGGCUCCGGUGGCACACCAAAGCUCAGCUACACGGGACGGGAUGACCGGCACUUUGUGCCCACAGGCCUCUACAUUGUCAGGACUAUGAACGAGCCAUGGACCAUGGCGUUCAGCAAGAGCUUCAAGAAGAAGUUCUUCUAUAACAAGAAAACCCAGGACUCUACCUUUCAACUCCCUGCAGAUUCCAUUGCCCCAUUUCAUACCUGCUACUACAGCCGGCUCUUCUGGGAGUGGGGAGAUGGCUUCCAUAUGCGCGACUCCCAGAAGUCCCAGGAUCCAGACAAGCUGUCCAAGGAGGAUGUCCUUUCUUUCAUCCAGAGUCACAAUCCUGGAGGAUCUUAGAAUCUCCAUCUGAUGAAUGUCCUGUCAUUCCCAAGGCAGGGAGGGCCCUGUGUCUGGUUCCUUCACCUCUUGGAAAGGAACUGGGAAUGAUGCUCUCCUUGGUCAUGAGGAAGGUGGGUUCCUUUCCAUUCCCGAGGAGCUCAACCAGGCUCUUGAGAGGACACAUUCUUGUGGAACUCUGCUGCCUGAGAACUGACCCCACCAGGAGUCAGCCUGAAAGCAGCUGCUCGAGGCAGGUCAGUGCUUAGGACUUGCCAGAGUGGCAGGCUUUGGGCUCAGCUAUGCCCUCUGGAAUUUGUAGACUCUGUUUUCUGAGUUUCACUUUUUGCCCCCAAAGGGCAGUCAGGCCUUGUUUUUUCCAACUUUUACCAGGCUAGCCAAGCGAGGAGGCUCACUGUCAUGUGCUGGCCAGAAGCAGCUGUUGUAUAAAUCAGAGUUUUAUUUGUCUUUCCCAUCCCCAUCCUGGAGUUCAUCCUGGCAGGCCGGGAAGGAGUGAGGGCCAGCAUCACUGACACACUAGAGCCUUGGGUCCUAGCUGUGACUGUGACUGCCUCUUGAGUUGAAAGGCCUUCAUGGGUCCACCUCUUGUGUUCUAAACACUGGGCAGCAUUAAAACCCGCCCUUUUCUCUCCCUCUCAGCAGUAACAGAAGGCAUCCUCUCCAGGGUAGGUGUAGCACCAGCCCUCAGGCAGUUCAGGUCACCUGAGGCUCUUGGUAGAGCUUUGAGCUAGUGGUAGCUCUGGUGUCCCCUCUUCCACUAAGAGGUACAUAUGUGGUCAUUCCAUUUCCUGUCUCUUUAAGAGGGAGGAAGGGCACCUGUGGUAGUUUUUAAUGGGAAGUACCUCUAAGAGAUGUUUACACAGGUCCCUAGGGCCCUAUGCCAGCAUCAGGCUGGUUUCCCUGGAGAUAGGGCACUGAGGUGCCUGUGAGGUUGGAAUUGACUCCCUUCUGCUAUCUCCUACCCCUAAGCCAGCAGCAACAGUGCUAUGAUGCCAUAUUUCCACCCAAUUCUGGGCCUAUCAGUGUGUCUUGCAGAAUCUUGGAUCAUUAAACAUAUUUUUACUGCU